AUGCCGAUUCAUAAUAGCUUCCCGAGGGCUUUAUAUAAGGCUUGGCCACUAUUAUCACCUCCUCUCGCUUGGAAAGCCUCAUUUGCCAAUGUUUCGAGAAGAUUUACAACUAGCGAACGAACGCAUCAGUCUGUGGAAUGUUCUCUGAGGAAGCCCAAACGGAAACCUCUGACGCCAGAGCAGCAGGAUUACAUUUCUGCAGCAAUCCGCGUGAAUCAAGCAGGAGAAUUAGGCGCUGUCCUUAUCUACGCUGCCCAGACUCCCAUUGUGGUAAAGCAACAUCCGGAACUGCGGCAGCUUAUGCAACACAUGUAUUAUCAAGAAGUUGGCCAUCUAAGCACCUUCAAUAAUCUGAUAACAGAACAUCGAAUCCGUCCAACUGUUAUGUAUCCUUUGUGGCAGGCCCUCGCAACAGGACUUGGGUGGGCAACGGCAAUGAUGGGAAAGGAAGUUGCUAUGGCAUGCACUGAAGCUGUGGAAAAAGAGAUCGGUACUCAUUACAAUGAACAGGUCCAGGAGGUGAUAAAAAUCAUACAGGGCUGGGAGGAAGAGGGCUAUGAGGCGGGACCUGAGAUCCUUGAAUUACUUCAGACGCUGCGUCGUAUUCGGGAUGAGGAACUCGAGCACCUUGACCACGCGGUUGACCAUGACGCUAAAAAGGCCCCACUGCAUGACUUAUUGACCGGUUUUGUCCGAGCAUCCUGUAGAGGGGCAAUUUUUUUCCUAUCAUACGCGAAGAAAAAGGGCAUGACUUGA